GAAACCUUGGACAUUAAGUUUAACUUAAGAAAAAGGUCAACUGCAUUUUAAUGAAUCUGCCAGAUUUAAGCACUCCAUGGACAGUCUCACAAAAACAGCACAGCCAUGCUUCUUUAAAAAGUGCUAAUUCUAUGUUGGAUCCAAUUGAUUUGAAAAGAGAACCUCUUUUUUCAGUACAAAGGUUUGAUAAGCAGAGAAAGCUGAAUGAUGUGUCGAACAAAAGCCAGGCAUCAAUGACUGAACCAAUUUCUUUCGAUUUUGAAGACUUUGCCACUGAGCAACAGUCUCACAAGAACAAUAUUCCUGAAUUAACAGUCCAUUCCAAUUCAGCCAUGAAGUGCCAACAAGAAUAUAAAUCAAGACUGAAAGCCAAAUUUCAGUGCAUUCGCAAUGACAUGUCCAAACAAUCACAUCCCACGUUCCUGAACGACAUCUUCACAGAGCUUUUCAUCACUGAAGGGGAAAGUGAGAAUGUCAACAAAGAACACGAGGUGAGACAGAUUGAGACAGCGUUGAGGAGAAAAACCACAGUGGACAUUCCAGUCAAAUGCAAUGACAUUUUUAAACACUCGUCUGAAGAAAACAGACCCAUCAAAUGUGUGCUGACUAAGGGUGUUGCAGGCAUUGGGAAAACAGUUUCAGUGCAGAAAUUCAUACUGGAUUGGGCUGAGGGCAGCGCUAAUCAGGAUAUCAAGUUUGUGUAUCCGCUUCCAUUCCGAGAGCUGAACCUGAUGAAAGGGAAACAUUUCAGCUUGAUUGAGCUUUUCCAACACUUCAAAAUGGAAACGGGCUCUGGAGAUAAUCACGAAAACCAAAAAGUUCUCUUUGUCUUUGACGGUCUGGAUGAAUGCCGCUUUCCUUUGGAUUUCCAGAAUAACGGAAAGUUAAGUAACCCAACUCUGCCAGAUUCUAUUGACGUUUUGCUAACCAAUCUCAUCAGUAACAAUCUGCUUCCUGAUGCCCUCAUUUGGAUAACAUCUCGACCAGCAGCAGCCAGUCAGAUCCCUCUUGAGUAUAUCGACCUGGUGACUGAAGUUCGAGGGUUUAAUGACCCACAAAAGGAGGAAUACCUCAACAAGAGAAUCAAUGAUAAACACCUCUCUGGUCGUAUCAUCACGCACUUAAAGUCGUCAAGAAGUCUGUACAUCAUGUGUCAUAUACCAGUCUUCUGUUGGCUCUCCGUUACGGUGCUAGAGAGAAUGUUCAGCACAGCAGAAGAUGAAGAAAUCCCCAAGACUCUUACUCAAAUGUACACACACUUCCUUCUCAUCCAAUCCCAUGCGAAAAACAUGAGAUACACAAAAGAGUACAACCCAGGCCCGGAGGAUGAAGAAAUUAUUUUAAAGCUAGGUAAGCUAGCCUUCCAACAACUGAAAAAUGGCAAUCUGAUAUUCUAUGAGGAAGACCUGAUGGCCUGUGGGAUUGAUGUGAAGGAGGCAGUGGUGUACUCAGGAGUUUGCUCACAGAUCUUCAGAGAGGAAUCUGCAUUAACCGAGAACAAAGUCUACUGCUUCAUCCAUCUGAGCAUUCAGGAGUUUUUGGCAGCCAUGUAUGUGUAUUAUAUGUUUAAGGUCCACCACAGCAAUGUUCUUGAUCAUGAAGAGCAUCAAGAGCUUACCGAGACCACCUUCUUUGAAUUGCAUAAGAGUGCCAUUGACGAGGCUCUAAAGAGCGAGAAUGGACAUCUGGAUCUUUUUCUCCGCUUCCUUCUGGGACUUUCCUUGGAGUCCAAUCAGAGCCUUUUACAAGGCUUGCUUUCUCAGUCUGGUAGCACAGACUGUCAAAGCAUUGUGGAAACCGUGGAAUACAUCAAGAAAAUGAUAGAGGAGACGUCCGUGCCAGAAAAGUCCAUAAAUCUCUUCUACUGUCUCAAUGAACUCAAUGAUCUCUCUUUGGUCAAGGAGGUCCAGAGGUUCCUGAACUCAGGGCAUUUUUCUAAACUUUCCCCUGCACAGUGGUCUGCUUUGGUUUUUGUGUUACUGACAUCAGAAGAGAAGCUGGAUGUGUUUGACCUGAAGAAGUAUAUCAGAUCGGAUGAAGGCCUCACCAGAUUGUUGCCAGUGGUCAAAGCUUCAGAAACUGCGCUACUGGAUAAUUGUGGACUUACUAUGAGAUGCUGUAGAACUCUUGCCUCCACUGUAGGCUCUAGCUCUUCUAAUGUACGAGUGCUAGAUCUGUGCAGUAACUCCAUUGGAGACAAAGGACUGGAGCUUCUGACAGCCGAACUGGAAAACACACAGUGUAAUUUAGAGGAACUGAGGCUCUCAUACUGCAGAAUCACCACACGCGGCUGCUCUGUUCUUAAAACAGGACUGCUUCCAAACCUUCCAAACCUUAGGGUGCUGGACCUGAGUGAAAACAGUCUGAGAGAAGCAGGAAUUAAGAUCUUGGCCAAUUACAUGAAGCAUCAGCACUGUAAACUUGAGAUAUUGAGACUUAAGGACUGCAGAGUUACAACUCAAGGCAGCAUUGCAAUAGCCUCAGCUCUACUGUCCAACCCGUCACACUUAAGAGAGCUCGAUCUGCACUGGAAUAACCCAGGAGAUGAUGGAGUGGAGAAGCUUUCAGCUGUAAUACAGCAUCCACUCUCACAGCUUGAAACACUUUGGCUAAGUUACGGUUUGCUCACUGAGAAAUCCUGUCAGUCUUUGGCUUCGGCUCUGAGGUCCAGCGUCUCUACUCUGAAAGCUUUAGAUCUGAGUGGCAACACAAUCUAUGAUGAAGCGGUGAAAAUGCUCUCAAAUGGACUUGGGAGCCCUCACUGUAAAAUAGAGAUUUUGAGGCUGGCAUUGUGUGAGAUCACAGAGGUGGGUGUUGAUGAUUUGGCCUCAGCUCUUGUUUCUAACCCAGCUCAUCUGAGAGAGCUGGACCUGAGACAGAACCACAUAAAAGAUUUUGGUGUAUCAAGACUCGCUGAAGUGGUGAAGAUUUCCAACUGUAGGCUGGAGACGUUAUGUUUAGGAGACAGUGGGGUCACAAAGGACGGUUGUGCUGUCCUCGCUGCCGCUCUAAACUCAAACCCGUCGUAUCUGAGAGAGCUGGACCUGAGCAGUAAUGAGCUCACAGACGCAGGGAUGAGGCUCCUUUCUCCUGUCCUGAGGAAUCACAGCAGCAACAUUAUGAAAUUAGAUUUGAGUCAGUGUGGUUUAACCAUGGCCUGCUGUGAUUCACUGGCUGCAACUCUUGAAGAAAAAUCCUCAAGUCUUAGAGAACUGAAUUUAGGAGUAAAUAAUCUACAAGAUCUGGGAAUUGAAAUCCUCUGUGCUGGACUGGAAAAUCCACAUUGUCAGUUGGACUCUUUAGGGCUGUCUAACUGUGGGGUCACAGGGGAAGGUUGCACAAUUUUAGCCUCUGCACUGAGAUCUAAGCACUCACUUUUAAGAGAGCUAGACCUGACUGAAAACAAACUUACAGAUUCAGCCGUGAGGCCACUAUCAGUCUUGCUAGAUGAUCCAGACUGUAAGCUAGAGAAACUUAUCUUGUAUUAAAAUCAGGCCUGUUUGUACCACAGCACACAUCAACAUUUGAUGAAAGUGUAGCAGAAUGCUGCCAUACCUUACCACUGAUGACUGCACUUCUUCAUGUUGGUAAUUUAUAUGAUGCUUUCAGAUGUUUUAUUUUUACAUUUAUAUUACACUAUUAUAUUCUAGUACGAAUUACUGAGCAGAUAAUUCAAUUGCACUGCAAUAGUGUUGGUUAUACAAAGCCAUGCUUUCCAUUUGAUACUAAUAUGUACUAUGUAGAGUUACUAGUUGACUGAUGCACUGCUGUUGUUUUCAAAAGAUGGGCCAAGGUGUGCAAUGCAUGUUUUUUUUUAUUUUUUAGAACUCGUAAGAAAAGGCUCAGAACCUCUUAACUGUAAAGGUCAUUAACACACUAUUUCCACUGCACUAUGCAAACACUGUGUCAUUACAAGAUGUAGCUCUAAAGCAAUCAGGAAGGUUGUUUGCAUAAAUUUAAUUGGCUAUGUAGUUUAAAUUAAUGCUAUCUUUAUUUUUUAAUGUGUGGUAAGACAUUUAUAAUGUAAAACCUUAAG